AACGAAAAAGGGGACUAAUUUUGAAAUGACCUAAUGAGAAACAAAUGUGGCAUGAAAUGUUAAACUCAGUUGCCGAACGGACUUCUCGACAGAAUAUGAAAGGAUUUGGAUGGUAGAGGUAGAAGAACCAAUUCGGCAAUGCAAUUUUGAACUGACCGACACUGCCGUUCUUACUUCUAUCCGGCCAAGGAGACUGCAAGGGUAAUUUACUGUUUUCCCCCAAAACCGAAGUUCGAGCAGAAUGCCAUAGCCAUCUGAGCUUCAGAAUAAAAUUCGCAAUUGAUUCCAUAAUGAAUUUAUGGCAGUUAGCGCUUGGUUUCCCGUGGAAACAAAUUCUAGAAUGAUGGUUUUGCCAGCUCUAUCUCACUCCAUAAACCCGAAUCAUCAUUUUCAGUUUGGUCACUGUUGGACUAGGAGGCCACAGAGAAGAAAGUCUUGUUGUAGCAUUCGUCAGGAAACGAACAUUGUUGAGCCAAAACCCAAUCAGGACAGGUCAAGGAAAAAACAUCGCUCCAAGAAAGCAAUUAGAGAACCUUCAAUAUCACAGGAAGGUAGUCCCCCUCCUCUAGUUAAUGCAUUGAAAGUUUCAGCUCAGCAAGAUGCUGCUCGUUUUCACUUUCCUGGGCAUAAUAGAGGGAGAGCGGGGCCACCAUCAUUUACUCAGCUCAUUGGUCUGAAACCAUUUAUGCAUGAUUUACCCGAGCUUCCAGAGCUGGACAACCUCUUUUGUCCGGAGGGUCCAAUUUUAGAAGCACAGCAGCAAGCAGCAAAACUUUUUGGAGCAUCAGAAACAUGGUUCCUCGUUGGAGGAACCACAUGUGGAAUUCAGGCUGCAAUUAUGGCAACUUGCUCUCCAGGAGAUCAUAUAAUUCUUCCGAGGAACUCUCAUAUAUCCGUCAUAUCCGCUUUGGUUUUAUCCGGUGCAAUUCCAAAAUACAUUAUGCCUGUGUAUGACUCCAAUUGGGACAUAGCUGGUGAGGUUACUCCAUCACAGGCAAGUAGAGCAAUCAAGGAUUUAGAAAUUGAUGGUCAAAAAGCAUCCGCAGUGUUUGUUACUUCACCUACUUAUCAUGGCAUCUGUAGUAAUCUGAGUGAGAUUUCUCAGAUAUGUCAUGUUAAGGGAAUUCCUUUGAUUGUUGAUGAGGCUCAUGGGGCACAUUUUGGGUUUCAACCUCAGCUACCUCUUUCAGCACUCCAGCAAGGAGUUGACUUGGUUGCCCAAUCGACUCACAAAGUUCUCUGCUCUCUUACUCAGUCAUCAAUGUUACACAUGUCGGGGAAUCUUAUAGACAGAGAAAGAGUUUGUAGAUGUUUACAAACUCUUCAAAGCUCUAGCCCUAGUUAUCUGCUUUUAGCUUCAUUAGAUGCUGCCAGAGCUCAACUAAGUGAUAAUCCAGACAAGAUUUUUAAUACCGCAAUAGAUCUUGCAUAUCAAGCAAAAAGCGAGAUAAACAAGAUUUCAGGUAUCUCGAUCCUCGAGUGUGCCAUGUUCUCUAACUUCCCUGUUGUUGAUCCAUUAAGACUCACUAUUGGUUUCCAACAACUUGGUAUCUCUGGCUAUGAAGCAGAUGAAAUACUGUACAAAAAUCAUAACAUCGUUUGUGAACUUGUUGGGAACCAAUUCAUUACAUUUGUCAUUAACCUAGGAACAUCUGAAGAUGACAUCGAGAGACUGGUUUUAGGUAUUGAGAAUGUGAGCUCUUUCGCAUCGGUUAUGAGGAUUGAAGGAAGAAGCAAACUAAGUGUUUCUGCACUCUUUCCUAAUGUCAAAAUCAGCUUGAAUCCUAGAGAUGCCUUCUUUGUGAAGAAAAGGAGAGAGAACAUUAAAGAAUGUGUGGGAAAGGUGUGUGGAGAGUUAAUAUGUCCUUAUCCUCCAGGAAUACCAGUAAUGAUCCCAGGGGAGAUUAUAUCUGAGGAAGUUGUUGAUUAUCUGUUGCAUUUAAAAGGCAAAGGUGCCUCAAUUAGUGGUGCGUCUGAUCCUAAAUUAUCUUCACUACUUGUAUGCAAUGUGUAAGAGACAACAAAACGAUUUGUUGAGUCUCUACUUGAAUUGAUUUCGAUAAUGGUUUGAGUAAUUUGUUGCUGAAGGAUAUAAGCAUGCAGUGUUCUGCAAUGUAAAGAUUGAUGAAGAAAAUUUGUGACGGGAAUAAAUCUUCUGGAAAUGAAGUUGGACCCUUA